AUGGCCUGCUAUGAGAUCCAAAGGGACGACUACAUCAAAUAUGUUGAUGGAACACCUUUUUUGGUCUACACGUCCUUGACGCUGGUGAUGGCCAUGCUUUCUGUCUUCUCGGUGCCAUCGUUGUUUGUAUACAGCUUUAUUCCGAUGUUCAUGGCCGUGGCAGUCGGCCCGCCGAAGCAGGAUCGUGCCCUGCUAUCCAUCCUGGGAUGCAUGAUGGCAUUUCUGGCCCCAGCCUGCCUCAAGAGAUAG